GGGGCCUGAGGAGGAGGAGUAGGAGGAGGAGGCUGAGGUGCCGCCACCGCCGCUUGUGCACGUGUGAAGGGCGCCGAGCGACGCGUGUCAGGGCCCCGAUGGAGGCGGAGCUGGAGUCGUGGCGGGAGCCGCAGGAGAGCGAGGGGCUGUGGGCGCUGCGGAGGCGCUUCCUGGAGCGGAACCGGGCGGGCUUCGAGGGAGAGGCCGCCCAGAGGAGGCUGCAGGCCUUGUCCCAGGCCUGGGCCAACCACCUCUCCAUGGGGUGCAGGUACAGCCCCCAAGUUAUGGAGAAAAUUCUCCAAAUGGCCGAAGGGAUUGACGUGGGUGAGAUGCCGUCCUUUGAGUUGGUGCCGGACUCCAAGGCCAAAAAGAGGCCGCGUUCUCCGUUGCAGGACGCUUCUUCCCACAGUCUUGAGGCCCCGAGGAAGCAGGCUCCCAAAUUCCGUGCCCGGCCUCGUUUCGAGCCCAUCCACUUUGUCGCCAGCAACGCCCAAGACAAAGUUAAGGACCAGCCUUUGGAAAACCAGGCACAGCCCGCCAGGAACAAAAUCACCACCCAGCAAAUCCAAAACUACGCUGAUCGGGUUUUCAGCAGCUUCAGUAACCAGGAUGGGGACUCUCUGCUUCCACGUUCAACGGGCUUAGGCUAUGGAAGCAGCCAGCCAGAAGACAAGGCUGCUUCCAAAAACACUUCCGUUCCGAGCGUUGUUCCAAGUGUCGUCCCAAGUGUUGUUCCGAGCGUCCCUGCGGCUGCGAGUGAGCCUUCUGCUCCCCAGUCCGUCUCCGAAACAUUUCCGAAAAAGGUUAUAAGCGGCAAACAGACUUUCAUUAACAAGCUCCUCACCGCCGUCCGCAUGUACCUGGCUAGCACCCAAACCGGCGGAGGCUCGGAGAAGAUUAACUACACGUACCUGUUGACGCGGUCGAUACAGGCCUGCAAGACCAACCCCGAGUAUAUUUAUUCCCCCGUGAAAGAUCUUUCCCCGGCAGAUCUACCCGAGAGCAAAAAGCACCUCAAAGACGGCUUUGCCUGCGAGGUGAGGUGCCAGGACGUGUACUUGGCCACUGGGUAUGCGGGGAGCAAGAACGGCAGCCGGGACCGGGCCACAGAGCUGGCAGUGCUUUUGUUACAGAAGCCGGUUGAGGUCCAGGUGACCCAGCGGAAGUUCAAGGGCGCCCCGCGGGAGGACUUGGUGCUCUGUGAGCGCGACAAGACACCCCCUGAAUUCCCACCGUCGCUCAAGCAGCUGGAUUCCCCCAUCGUGGCCGCGAAAGAGGCCUCCCCCGGGGAGCCGAGCUCCGACCCCUUGCAAGGCCCCAGUUCGGGGAAGCACUGGACGAAUUUUGUCCUCACCGAGAACGCCAGCGACUCCAUCGGGAUCCUGAACAACUCCGCUAUCUUCAACAAGAUGUCGGUCGAAUACAAGUACACCUUGCUGCAGAACCGGUUGUGGCGCUGCAGCGUCUACCUGGAGGACCACUGCCUGGCGACAGGAUUCGGCACCAAGAAGACCAGCAAGCAUGCCGCCGCGGACGAGGCGCUCAGGAUCCUCCAGAAGACGCAGUCCAACGCCGGAGGCAACAAACCUGCGCUGAUCCAGACAGUGUGUGGCAGGACCUUUCGGGGUUCCAAGAAGGACUUGAAGGACCUCGUCAUCUACGAGAACUCCCUGAACCCUGUGUGCACCCUCAACGACACUGCACAGUUCAACAAGAUCACAGUGGACUACGUCUUCGAAAGGAUGAAGGGUCUGCGGUGGAAGUGCAAGGUGAUGCUGGAGGACAAGCUGAUCGCCGAAGCCGUCGACGUGAAGAAGACCGUCAAACACUUGGCGGCCGAGGAAGCGGUCAAAGUCCUGAAGAAGACGCAGCCGACGGUGGUGAACCACUUCAAGAAGGGCACCGUCGAGGACGUCAUCUCGAGGAACGAGAUUCGCGGGCACUCUGCGAACGAAGCCCUGAAGCAGCAGAUCAAGGAGGACAACAUCGGGAACCAGAUCCUCAGGAAAAUGGGCUGGACGGGCGGCGGCUUGGGCAAAACUGGCGAGGGGAUCCGGGAACCGAUCGCCGUGAAGGAGCAGUUCAAGAGGGAAGGCCUCGGCAUGGACGUCGCAAGGGGGGGCUCCAAGAUCACCAAGAAGGACAUUGAUAAGAUCAUCCAAAACUACGCCUUCUCGGACAGCAACAUCGACUUGACGUUCUCCACCGAGCUCACCAACGACGAGCGCAAGCAGAUCCACCAGAUUGCCCAGAAGUACGGGCUCAAGAGCAAGUCGCACGGCCAGGGACGGAACCGGUACCUGGUGGUCAGUCGGAAGAGGCGCAAAGAAGACUUGCUGGACCAGCUGAAGCAGGACGGCCAGGUCGGCCACUACGAGCUCAUCAUGCCUCAGGACAAAUAAGGCCAAGGUCACAACUGGACCUCCCCCAUUAAACAAAGCAGGCUCUCUAGUCUUGUGUGGAAAGAAUAACUAUGCGGAGAAAGUGUGGCUGGUCAUCUUAAAAGUUAGAACUUCUGCAUCCAAACAUCCAUUAGUGUGGUCACCUGGUGGGGAGAAGGCCCACUUCCUCCCCAUUUCACUGGUUUUGCAAUUACAGGAACACGUCUUCCCAGAGGAAAACCUGGCAGCAUUCUUGUCACAAAGGCAGGAUGGCGCCCUUGUGUUUUGAAAAAGGAAGCCCAGGUGGGAACGAAAACGGCAGUAUGAAGUAUCCUCUAUGUAAAGCCGGUUAUAAUAAAACAAAAUAGAUUUUUAUUUCUGGACAUGCAAAUAA